UUAUUAUGAAAUAGCAAUGAAACAUUCAAGUGGCUGUUUAGUUGACCCAUAUCUGAAGACAGAUCUCAAACCUCUUAGAAUAAUAUUAUUUUCAAGCCGCUUACUUUCUUUCGUCAGUUUAUCAAAGUGUUUUCCUUGACGCCCUGCCAGCCCCUCAGUGCCUAUUUUUGUGCAAACCUGUCCCCCCAGACUUUAAAUAAUAAAAUGAACGGGAAGGGGAUUUUACUGUCUGGUUCAUUUUAGCUCAUGUGAAACUUUUUGUACACUGCCCUGAACUUGUAGAAUAAAGUGAAAUUCCUGAAAGCGACCUUACAGUAUACAGACCUUGCAGUAAACACUUUUAAAAGUGUUUGGCAUUUACUGGAGCUAGUUCAGUCUCCAGCUUUACUGUGAGUGCUGCAGAAAAAGAGACAUUCCAAUAGAGAGAAAAGUUUAUGAAAAUGGUGGCUACUGGAUUAAGGAAAAAGAAAUGAAGAAAUAUCCGCAGUUGAGAAAGAGGAUGCAGUUUUGCAGGAAUUGAGUGGAACAGAUGUAGUUUUUACUGGACCCACAGGGGAGCAGAUCAUUGUUGAGCAAUAUCUUUGGCCACUCUCCAAGGGAACUGGUACAAAGUGCAGUCUCAGGGUUCUUAGGGGAGGUCUUGUAAUUUCAAAAAGGCAAAGCUUGAUGAUUUGAAAAUAUUGCUUGUAUUUUACUGUUGUGGAUCAGUACAGACCGUUAUCAAGAGAACAGUAAAUACCUACAAAUAAAACCCCUCUUGAAGGAAGUGCCCUAUGAUGUGGAAGCUUGACGUUUUGGAGCAUCAGUCCAGAGCAGAGGGGUCUUCAGAACCUGGUCUCGCAUUGAGUGACAACCUCCAACUCUUUUUGAAUGCAGAGGCUGGCCCUUCUGGGAUUAAUACAGAGAUGAAAAAAACAGGCCAAGUCUUUGCUCAGCCCCAGACAUGGAGCAGGGCUGCGAAGGAUCAAAAUCAACAGGGAGACGUGAAGGAGGAAAAAAUAUCCCUGCAGCCGGUGAGGCGAGGAAUGAGUUGGGCAGGCCCCGAGCCAGGACCUGAACACUGGAACUCAAAGAACCUUGGCCAAAGGAGGGAGAGGCCUAUCUGCCAUCUUUCAGACUCGGAGCUACCUCUGGAAGGGGAAUUGGGAGGAGCAGGCAGCGCUUCAGACUGGGAGAGGUCAGGAGAGGAGUGGAGGGUGGUGAAAGUGAAGCCGGUGAUGAUCACCAGCGCCACGCCACAGGCCAGGAAAACAAAUCUUUCCAGAAGCGCUAGCUUCUCAGAAAAAGAGCUGAAGGAAGCAAGAGACAGGAGUCAGAUAAUAGCUGCCCAACUGACCACCCCACCCAACACCAACUCCAGAGGGGUGCAACUCUUCAACAGACGCAAACAGCGGGUGAACGCCUUCACCCUUGUCAGCUUUGGCAAAGGAGCCGGACAGGGACCUCUUGACAAAGACACCAAAACAUGUGAGGGAACGUUCACUGAUAAACAGAACCCAGAGCCAAGCAGCAGCUGCACCUCAAAGUCCCUUAAGUGCAGGUCAGUGUAUCCGAGACACAGUAAUACCGGAGACAAGAUCAUGGAGGAGCAAGUUGAGAGCAUCCUUGAAGCGGACACAGACUACAGUAGUGUAGAAAUUCCUGAGGUGCACGUUAGGAACGAGCUGGCUGAAGAGCUGAGAUCUGAGGCUGUUGCAGUGGCUUCGACCCAGGAGCUGAAAGAAGAGCCUUCAAGUGAGAUUUUCAACUAUACUAGGAAGGAUCAGCCAACCCACGAUCUUCUGGAAGCUGAGGAAAAUGGGCCAAGCUAUUUGGUCAUAACUGGCAAAGUCCAAAACAAAAUUCCAAGUGCAGAAAGCAGUAGAGAAAUCUCAGUGUCCCUGAGUAAACAACCACCCAGUAUAGUCAACAGAACAGCAAGACCGUUCGGGUCUCCUGCCUUGGUAAAUGUGCGAGAGACAAGAAGUCCUGUGUCUCCACCACCAGUCCUUCCAAUUCCUCAGACACCAUCAUUUCCAAAUCCUCCGCCAGUGUCCCGCAUCAUCUCUUCAUCUCCUUCUCCUUAUGUGCCACUAUGUGCGGCAAGCGCAGACCAAAGACCAGCCUAUGAGCCAUGGUAUAGCAAUGAAGAGAGACCGCAGGUGGCCGUGCAAAAGACUGGCAUACUGGAAGAAGGUAAAACACGGAGGGCAUCCAGGAAAUCUAUGUUCACGUUUCAAGAGAAGCCCAAGGUCAAUCCAAACCCUGAGUUGCUGUCCCUGGUGCAAGGUGUAGAUGAGAAGAAAAAGCACCAACAGCCAGGAGAGCAGACACACGACGAGGAACUUCUAGCCCUAGGGGCCGAAGCAUCAAACUUCCUGACUAAAGAAAAUUCAGAGGACUCCAAGGCACCUGAAUGGUCAUCGUGCUUGAAGAGCUCUGGAUCAAGGGUUAGGUCUGAACCCAAGCCAGCUCAGGGGCUGACCAAUGUUGCAGGGAAAGGGGCAGAGCUGUUUGCCAAACGUCAGUCCAGAAUGGAAAAGUAUGUGGUAGAAUCCCCACCAGUUAUAGGAGGUGCUCUGAGGUCCCCCUCCCCAACCAUGUCCCUACCUCCUUCUUGGACAUUUGCAUCUAAUGUGCCAGGGCGGGUGAGAGCCAUGGCUGACUCUGCUAACAUCACUGCUAAUUCUUCUAGGAACUCCAAACAGCAACCAUCUGGUUCCUUUCCAGAUCAAGAAAUCCCAGUCAUUGAAAACGGAAGCUCCAAGAAAGAGAUGGACAUUGCAAAGCACCAGCCUUAUCAGCUGAACUCCUCUCUCUUCAACUUCUCCCCAAGCAAAGACCCCGUGAGGUCCUUACCUAGGGCUGCACCACCUCCCAAACCCAUGGUCUUAGACAGAGCCUAUACCAGACAGAGCUCCCUCCCCUUCUCCCCUCCUCCUGUAUCCCCACUGUUCGACAGUCCAACACCCUUCAGAGCCACCAAGUGCCUUUCCUCUCAGGAGCCACCAAGCCCAGUCAAUGGACUAGGAAAACAGUUCAGACCAAGCCUUGGAGCUCCUCUGGAGAUGGCCAAGGCUCCUCCAGCCUCCCCAGCUUCAUCUCUGCAGCCGGGCAGUGUCUCCUCACCACGCCCUGGCAUCCUGGCUCCGAGACCCACAUUCUGUGCCAAGAAGGCAGGGAUCGAACCCCAGGUCCAGAAGGAGUCCCUCUCAGUUGCUAGUACCUGGACACCCCAUCAGUCAAGACCCCUGAGCAGCCCGGACAGAGGUACAGGUGUGUCAAAGGCACAGCCAGCUGCUGAAGUCCCUGUGUCCUCCCCACGGGCUCGCUAUCCAUCGUCAGGCUCGUCUCCUCUCUCCCCUCCCUGGGAUCAGCGGAGCCAGUCCUCCAUCGGCCAGGACAUCAAAGCCAGUCGGCGCAUGCUAGCCAAGAACAUCAUCAACGCUGCCAGGAGGAAGAACACCACAUCACCUGGGGGAUUGGAUGGGCGAGGUGUGUCCAUGUCUCCUACGAGCGUCUCCUUCUUACACCAUGGACUGGAGCCCCCUAGCCCCUUGUCCUUUCAAGCCAGGACAUUGGUAAACCAGUCUCCAACAUUCCGGAGUCCCCCAGAGACCCCCACCAGGAUAAUCAGGUCGCCCGUGCGUUUGUACCCCACCCGGUCGCUGACGGAUUCAGAUGCAUCGGGGGAUUCCGAAGACUCUGGGUUGAGAUCACCCAGCUCCGGCCUGAAGUCCCCGGGUGCCCGGAGCUACAACACCUGCCCCCGAGGCUGGAGCGGAAGCCUACAGCUAAAGAGGGCCGGCAUCUCUGCAGAACUGUGAAACAGCAGAGCUCCAGGGCGACUCCUAUAGGACAGGCUGCUGGCAAGUGCUUUCAUUGGCAAAACAGCUUCACUGGGAACCAUUCCAUUGACCAAAACAAAGAGGGCACCAAUAGAUUGCACUCUGUUGAACUAAACGAACGCAACAUUCCUUAGGAAAUUUUCAGCGACCAAAGAUAACUGUGUUUUGUCAAAAGUGGAAUUUGUUAGUCCCAGAGUCCUAAAGAUGUAUUGGAAUUUUGAAAUGUGUUACUUUUUUUCCCUAAUUAUUAUUCCUCUUUGUUUUCAUUUUGUUUUGUUUUCGUAGCCAUUAAAACAUUUUUCACCAGUAGAGGAAAGACACCCAGAGGAUUUAUUUAUGUAACCCAAGAAGAUAAUGUUGAGAAUUGUAUCUAUAUGCCCCAGUUUAGCACUUUUGCUAAUAAAUCUGGAGCCGGCCUGAAUGAUUUUGGAAGAGCUAGAAGGACAGCGCUCAAUGCUCACAGAAAUAGAUGGGCUGUCAUUUGAUGCUGGAUAUCACUUGAAAUUAACACAGUCAAGCAGUUAGUAUCCACUCUAGAUACUCAAGACACAGGAAAGGCUGCAAUCAGUCAAACAUUUGGAUCCUGUUUUUUGGAGAACACAAUUGCACUUUGAUGUUUUGCUCUUUUAUUUUUAGUGGCUCUUUAGACCUCAAAGUGGAGUUAAUGAUAACUGAACCGAGUCACUUACUAAAUUAAAUUUGUUUGGUUUGUGAAUUUGCGAAACAAACACCCAACAGCAUCCAGUUUAAGAAAAAUGCAUAGCCAAUGUUCAGCUGUUGCAAACAACACGUUUGAUCUUAGAGGCUGAAGACAAAGCAAUACUACAAUGUGACAUUUAUGUACAUGUUCUGUGUCAACUGAGAGGGACUUUGAUAGCAGAUUGAAAGUCUGGAAUCAGGCUGUUUGAAAACUGAAGUCAGCCUUAUGUGAAGUGAAUGUAAUGUUAGUGUUUUGAUUAGCAAAAGGUCAGCGAUUAUAAAUUGGACCCACAAAGAGGCAGAGAGGAGGUUGUGAUGUUACAUUGGACUGCUCAAGAAGAGUCAGAGGGGGUUGCGAUGUCAUAAAGGACUGCUCAAGAAGAGGCAGAGACUAGAGGAGGUUGUGAUGUCACACUGGACUGCUCAAGAAGAGGCAGAGACUAUAGGAGACUAUGAUGUCACAAAGGACUGCUCAAGAAGAGGCAGAGACUAGAGGAGGCUGUGAUGUCACAAAGGACCUCAAGAAGUUCACAAUAGUUCUGGUUCAUAUAUCAUGCAGUAGAACAGCUUUUAUACACAGCAGAUCUUGUUGAGAAAUAGUUUCAAUAGACCAAUUCAAUGUCAGGUUUGGAUGGCAUCAUUUAACUACAGGCUGGAUAGUAUAACAACAAAACCAGGCAGUUAUCGACAUGCAGUUGUCUUAACAUCAGGCAUUACACAUAUAUCUUCUUGCCUACGUAUAUUUUUUCAUGAUUCUAAAUCAUUAUUAUUCACUUUUGCUUCUGCAAACACAUUUUAUUUCAGUUUUACCAAAUAGUCAUUUCAAAUUGCAAUGUUCCUGAAACAAAAGACCUAAAUUACAAAAUGACAUUUCUAAUUUUAAAAUACUGUUUCUGUUGGUCCUUAAACAUGUAUUUGUUUAAUAUUUUCAG